AAUUGGUUGACACACAAUUUGCUCAUUAUUCGAGUUUGACAACAAACGAAAAGGAUCUAUCCACUACAACAGCUACUAGUACAACUAACUUCUACCAGUCAAAGAUGAGCAACCAGGAAGACAACGUCAUCAGUCUCACUGAAGAAGAAUUUUCAGCGGAAUUGGACGCCAUUGCGACGCAAGCCUUCGCCAAGGUGAGCCAGCAACCCAGGUUCUCCGGCUUGCCUCAAGCAGAGAAAGAUCGCAUCAUGGAAACGUUUUUCACGCAAAAGGAAGCAGCGGUGGAAUACUUGGGGCGAUUGGCGGAGUUUGGUGAGAUUCGUCCUGAGGAUAUCCAGCGAAUGUUUCGGGGGCUCGGGAAUAACUAAGAAUCAAAGCUACCGGUAUGGUAUGGUAUGAUCUAUUCGCUGUUUGUCUGUGGAUUUGGAGAACAAGUCACUGUUGAAGGGAGCAUCGUAGCUACUAGCUAGUAGACUAACACAACCUACUACUAGAGUUCUAGUUGAUG